AUGACUAAGUUCUCCAGGGACGCGGAUACGCCACCAGCGAGUGCGUCCGAGCAAGACAAUGAGAAAAGUGUCGCGCCUUCGAAGAUCGAAGAUGGCACUGCACAAGCAACGGCAAGCGCAGCGAGCAUUGAUCCAGAGAUGGAGAAGCGGGUGCGUCGGAAACUGGAUAGGAAUUUAAUUCCGCUGGUAUCAGCGCUGUACUUGCUCGCUUUCCUCGACCGCUCCAACAUCGGCAAUGCGCGCAUUGCCGGCAUGGAAGUCGACCUCGACUUCCAAGACGGCCAUUACGACUGGCUCCUCACCAUCUUCUACAUCUCCUACAUCGUCUUCGGGUUUUCAGCCAUCAUGUGGAAGGUCGUGCCUCCGCACUAUUGGGCGGCGUUCUGUGUCUUCACAUGGGGAUUGGUCUCGACCGUUCAAGCAGCCGCGAACUCGUGGGGCGCGAUGAUGGCACUGCGGUUUAUCAUGGGUGCUUCGGAAGUUGCGUAUGGACCUGGAAUACCAUUCCUGCUGUCAUUCUUCUACCUGAGGAGUGAGUUGGGGCUACGAUCUGGGCUGUUUUUGUCGGCGGCACCGCUGGCGAAUACUUUUUCUGGUGCUCUUGCGUAUGCGAUUACGAGCGGCAAGCCUGCCCUGGCGAAGUGGAGGGUGCUGUUCUUGGUGGAGGGUUUGCCGACCGUGGUGAUGGCGGUCGUUGCCUUUUUCUUCCUGCCUGACAGCCCCGAGAAAGCGAGGUUCUUGAACGAAGAGGAGAAGGAAGUUGCUCGAGCAAGAGGCGUCAGACAGGCUGGUGCGGCGACUCGUUUGGGUGCCAUCAACAUCCGCGAAUUUUCCACAGGUCUUGCGGAUCCCAAAGGCUGGAUCCUAGGCCUGAUGUACUUUUCUUGCAACGUCGGCUUCUCAUCGCUGCCGGUUUUCUUACCAACCAUCUUGAAGGAGAUGGGCUUCAGCAGCGUCCACGCGCAGGGUCUAACAGCGCCGCCCUUCUUCGUCUCCUUCCUGACCGUUAUUGCAACAACAUACGUGGCAGACCGCACUCAGCAGCGCGGGCUCAUGGUGGCUUCGCUCACAGCGAUUGGCGGCAUUGGAUACAUCAUCCUGGCCACAUCACACUCUGUUGGCGCCAGAUACUUCGGCAUUUUCCUGGCUGCAGCAGGCAUCUUCCCCGCGAUUGGCAACAUCCUACCGUGGGUGAUGAACAAUCAGGGCUCAGACACCCGAAGAGGAGCUGGUAUUGUCAUCUUGAAUGUGAUUGGACAGUGCGGCCCUGUCCUCGGUACGCGGAUGUAUCCAAAGAGUGAAGGGCCGUACUACGUCAAGGGCCAGUCGGUGUGUGCGGCGUUCCUGUUCUUCUGCUGUUUCCUGGCGCUAACGCUGAGGACCUUGUUCGUUUGGGAGAACAAGAAGCUCGAUCAGAAGUAUGGAACCGUGGGGCAGCAAAGACUGGCCAUGCAGGAGGCUGCUGCCAGAGGGGAGGGCGAGGGUGAGGAGGUUGCCGUGGAGAACUACGGGCCGCUGUUCAGGCAUGUACUGUAG